AUGCUGAAGGAAAUCUCCCCAGAAGACUCCAACAACGUUCAGCUAAUUCAUGAUGUUACAAGUGAUAAGUGUUUGAAUACUUCUAGUAAUACUUACACUAACAUUGCCAACAAUGUCACUCAGCUGUUUAUUUCGGACCAAGAUAUUGCCAAAUUGUUUCUUGUUUUCUGCUCUCUAUGUGGCGUCAUUGCUCUGACGGGGUGUUUGGGGAACGCCAUCACCAUGGCAACAUACCUUUCUAUGAAGCUGAAAGACGGCGUCAUGAUCUCGUUCUUUGGUUUGGCCGUGUCGGACUUUCUCUAUGACGUCACCAUGCUUGCGAUCGUGGUCUCGGACGGGCUCUACAUGCUAGAGAGAAAGUCCUCUUUCAAAACCUGGUUUCUGGUUGAACCGUUCGGGGUGUACGUCUUCUGCUCCAACAUCGGGGUCAUGAUUUAUCUGGUCACUAUUUUAACCACCACCUUCAUCGCCAUCAUUCGCUGCCUUUGUGUUAGUAUGCCUCUGCAGUUCAGGAACCUUUUAACCAGGAGGAGAUCCGUCUGGUGCAUAGCAAUCUUUAGCCUUGUGUCUGUGGUCAGCUACGUUCCAAUUCUUCUGAAUAUGACCAUGCAAGAAUCAUUCGAUAUGAGCAUCAACAGCACGCGGUACAGACUUAAGAUUUCUCCAUACCGGGAAGAAAUCAAAACGGCAAUUUGGAUUUCCCGUGACCUGCUCGUGACGUUGAUAACGGAAGUCAUUGUUAUCGUCUGCGUCGUCAUCAUGAUAAAAAAUCUGCAAACAGCCACGAAAUUCCGAAACCAAUCGGUGAAUUAUUCGAUACAUCCUACUUUACCCUGUGUCACAGUAUUUGGAAUAGAGAACAAGUCAGAUAGUACGCAGAUUAUUAAUACAUUAGAGCCAAACACUAAACAUAUCAACAUCCAAUCCAACAAAAUGAGUACUAAGGAUGUCUCCGUCGUCCAGCAGGUGAUGCUCAUCUCCUCUAUCUACAUCGUCUGCAACAUGCCAAAGAUUCUUAUUAACAUGGCUCUCUUUUUUGUGCCGGACUUAGCGCUGGAAAAACCUUACCAGAAUGUUUACCUUACUGUAGUUGGCAUCAUGGAGCUCUUCCAGGCUUUCAACUCCAGCUUCAACAUUUGCGUUUAUUUGAAAUUUAACUCAAAGUUUAGAAAACAUUUGUGCAUAUUCAACAAACAAAAGUGUUUUCAUUUUGUGAACAUUUGA